UUGGUUCAGAAUUAAUUGACGAUCUUAUAAGUUAUAACUCUUCAAAAUUCAGGAUUGAGACUUCAAGAUGAGUGAGGUCCCCUCAGAAUUGAGACUUCGUUAUGUUCCCUUGAUUGAUCUUGAGGAUAGUGAUGAUGAUGUCAUUGAAUCUUCACCAAGAUCUUUUGCUCAGGCGAGCGCAAGGAGAAAUCGAAGAAGGAUGAGAACUGGCUCGAAUUUGGGAAGUCAAACUAUACCAACUUAUGCUAUGCACACUAGAGAGCAACGCAUAUUCGAACCAAUUGGUGAUGUUUAUAUAAAUUUGGAAGUUAAUACUGGUGGGGAGGCUAAGAAUGCCAAAAAUUCAGUUGAAACUAAGAAAGAAGCCUACAAGCCUAGGAUUGAAGAACCUGAACCUCCAGAGGAGCCUAGGUGCCCAAUAUGUAUGGAUCCUUUUGUGGAGGAAAUGACAACAAGGUGUGGACAUAUUUUUUGCAAGAAUUGCAUAAAAAAUGUAAUAAGAAUACAAGGGAAAUGCCCUACUUGUAGGAAAAAGGUCACUUCAAGACAGCUAAUAAAGGUGUUUCUUCCAUCUUUUGGUUGAAGAAUCAUCUAAGCUCUGUUGCGGAAAAUUGGAAAUCCACUAUGCUGCUUUGGAGAUUGUUGAGUGAUUAUGUUAUUUCUAUUAAGUUUCUUGUAGUAGAUGUUUCAGAAUUAUCAUGUACCAGAAUUAUCACAGUUUUUCUUUUCUUUUCUUUUUUGACAAAUCUGUCACAUGCUUACUUAAAAAGGUUUGCUGGAUACAAUUGGAUGCUCAAUAACUUAGUUGGUAAAUUCUUGA